AGUAGCCAUGGCGUCGAACAGUUCCCCCUUCCUUCUCCUCACGUAGAGUGUCGAGGAAGACUGCCGUUGCUGUUCUUGAAGUCAACACCGAAGGGCAGUGGAAGAGAGCAUUAUAGGAGAUGGUGAACAAUGAGAUGAUCUCCGAGGUUGGGAUGAGCCACGAGGAGGAGAAGAUGCGCGUAUCCUUUCUCCUCGCCUCCGAACUCCACCCUCAGAUGCCUCAGGGAGAGACGAGGGUGCGUCGGAGGAGGAAGAGGACGAAGGGCGAGGGGGCGGAAGGCGACGCGAAGAAGAGGCGGCUGAGCGACGAGCAGGUGAGGUUCUUGGAGACGAGCUUCGGGGAGGAGAAGAAGCUGGAGUUCGAGAGGAAGGUCCACCUGGCCGCCGAGCUCGGCCUCGACCCCAAGCAGGUCGCCGUUUGGUUCCAGAACCGCCGGGCGCGGCACAAGAGCAAGCAGGUGGAGGAGGCCUAUCUCAAGCUCAAGUCCAUCCACGACGCCACCGUCGUCGAGAAGUGCCACCUGGAGACCGAGGUGCUGAAGCUGAAAGAUAAGCUUCACGAAGCUGAAGAAGAGAUCAGGAAGCUUUCCCUUGUGGCAAAUGGAGGUGUCGUCGGCGGCAACGGUGGUAGCGGCGAGGUCAUUGGCAGUCCCAGCUCAUCAACUUUGACUUACCAGCCAGUAGUUGCAGACUUCGGAGCGGCCGAGAAGGAAGCUGAGCUGAUGUACAUACAGGAGUACGAAUUCAACAACUCCAUGAUGGAGUGGGCAUAUUUCUAUGUCACGAACAGAAGUCGGCCAUGUAAACUAGAAAAUGGAGCUUUCUGCAACCACUGCCUGUUCCUGAGUUGAUGCUGUCAUGGCCUUUCUGUACUGAAAAGAAUGGAAGAGACAAAGGGAAAGAUGGAAGGUUUUGCAGUGGGCGUUGCUGCCUUCCAACAGAGAAACAGCCAGUCACAUUGAGGGGAAUGCCAUGUGUUGCGGCCGGGCUUUUCGAUCUUUGUCUCACGCUCGCUCUUCUGAUCUCUGCCUUUACUCGACGCCACAGGCUAUCCGAGUUGCCGGAGAAGGCGAGUGCACAUGAGCUGCCUUCGUGUGGGGGACAGCGUUUUAACUCAUGCUCUUUCUUCUUCUGCCAGCCAACGAGUGCUUCGGAACUCAACCUUAUCCAUCUUUUCCAUAAUCUGGGCGACAAAGAGAUCAAGUCAGUCGCCCAUCUGUGCCUUCCUCCAUGUGAUGAUGCUUCCUUUACCCGGAAAUGGCGACGCAUGAGACUCUGCUGCUGCUGCAGCAUUAUGUGCAGAAAUGUGCUUGUAGAUUGUGGAAUGCCAUUCAGGUCUCAACUCCCAUCUCAUUCACUCAUGCCAGAGAAGUACUCAUUUACGGGCUCUUAAAGAAGAUAUAGUUCGAUUAAUGGAGAUGGCAUGCCCUGUGAACCUAAGCAGGUUACAGGGUUCUACUGCCUUUGGUAUGACAAUCCACUGAAAGAUUCUGCCGAU